AUGGCACUCUACACCGCUCGACCGUCGUGGCUAGUAGUGCUGCUAUUCUGCCUGAGCGCGGUGGCGUCCGUCUCGCUCUCGGAGCCAGCGGACGACAUGCGGCACCGGAUGAACGACCUAGUGGACUCGGUGAAGGGCGCGGUGCACGACGCGGAGUCGGCCGGGAAGAAGCGCGAGGUAGUGGAUCUGGGGCAGUCGCUGCACCUGCUGGAGACCAAGUUCUCGGCGCUGCGGCAGGCGCUGCAGCAGGAGCUCGGGGCGAAGUCGAGCACGCUAGCGUCGAGCUCGGCCGUGGCAACGGAGCUGGUGGACCGGUCGAACACGCUGAUCCGCAACAUCGUGACGCAGAGGGAGGACUUGAGGAGGCUGACGGGGGACGUCAAGGAAGUGGACUCGGCGAUCCGCGCGUUGCGGGAGGGGUUGAGUAACUUUGAGAAGGACGCGGCUGAGCUGAAUAAGGUUAUGGGGGACUUGCAUGUGAGCCAUAAUGAGCUCAAGUCGGCGCAUGAGGAGGCGCAUUCGUCGGUGAAGGAGCUGAUGGCGGAUAGCCAUGAGGUGGUGAGAAAGUCAACGCACGGGCUGUUUUAUGCGAUCUUGCUGCUGGAAAUUGCGUCGCUUGUGGCUUUUGUGUACUUUAAGCGGCCUGGUGGGCAGCUUGCUCACAAGGCGUACGGCAAGUUCGGGUAAGUCUGGGCGCCGGGGGGUUGGAGAUUUGGGACGAGGGUGGUGCGGCGGUGGGGAUGUGUUUGAUUAUAUAUAUUGUCUCUCUUUGCAGACAAAAGAGACAUGCAGCUAGUUCUCUCCAGGCGCGCGUGUGACGAAAAAAAAAAGAAAAAGAAAAAAAAA